AUUCCACAGGCUUUACUUUCUUCUCGUCCAGCAUGGCCGCGCUGUAUGAGGGAUACACGUUGUGCGGACUUGUUCCAGCUCAAAAUCAGUCAAAUUCAGGCAUUCAGGGGAUCGAAGAGGAGAAAGACAGCGACCACGUCGUCGUCACGGACUCAACCAGAUCUGUAACGUUGUAUAAGGUUUCUGAUCAGAAGCCGCUGAGCAGCUGGACAGUGAAACAAGGGCAGAGCCUGACCUGUCCAGCGGUCUACAACCCACAGACAAAGGAAUAUGUGGCAGUGACAGACAGCAAGGUGAUCAGAAUAUGGAAGGAAGAAGACAUACUCCUAGAAAAGACCUUCAAAGCAACUGUUUCAUCAGAUGUGUGGAAGGUCCACUGUGUACCUGGAGGGGAGCCUGUGGUUUUGUUUCAAAGAGGAGCUGUAAGACUCUUGGACUCUCUCCUUUCUGCUCCCCAGCAGCCAAUAGAGGAAGUCCUUGCUCAAGAAGAGGCAAUUAGGUGGAGCACCAACAUAGUGGUGGAGUCACAGCCCUUUGUCAUCUUUAUAACUGAACAGAAAGGAGAUAGUUUCCUGUAUUUGCAGAGACUGAAUCCAAACACCCUGCAGAGGUAUCGACUGGAGAGAGAGGAGCCUGGUCUGUCUCCACUCAGCUUCUCUGCAUCAUACAGAGACAAACACAUCCGCCUGCUUUAUCUCUAUCCAAAUGGCCAUGUGUAUCAGAGUGUGGUCUCUGUGAGGGGUCAGGGGGCUGAAGAGGGGGCCCAGGCUCUCCCAGUGCCCCGCAGUCUGCUGCUUGUACUGCCUGUUGGUGAGGGUUUGCUGGAGGCAGCAUCAGCCGUGGUUUUGGAUGAAGCACAUGUAGCUGUCGUUGGAGUUCCAUACCCGUCUGCCGGAGCUGGUAAAGACUUUCUCUGCAUCUGGAAUACCAAUUUUCAGACGCUUCAGGCGGGAAAAGAGAUGGCGGGUAAAAUCUAUGGACAGCUAUGGAGUUUUUCCAACAAGUUAUUCAUUCCACAUGGCAAAACCCUCUCUGUUAUUCCGUAUGAGUGCCCCAAAUCUUCCUUGGCCUCUGCACUGGGAAAACUAAGGCAGGCCAAGAGUGAAGAGUCCAAAGCUCCUGCUUCUGUAACAUCUUGGAAUAACCUUUUGCAUGGAGAGAAAGCUCAGCCCUCACGAGUGACGGAGGCCAGAAAAACAAGAACAACCCGCAAGACCCAGUCAGCACCUACUUCAACAAUUGAUCAAGUUCUGGAGCUCAUCAAGACAGCACCAGCAGAAGAUAUUCAGAAAGAGGUGGAUGGGCUGCUUUCCAGAUCUGACAUCCAGGAGCUGCAGCCCUCAGUGGGGCAGCUUGCAACAACCAUUGUGUGCCGAAGCCUGGCGGAACCUACUUUUUACACACCUAGCACCCUGGCACAGCUAGUACACACUCGGUCCCUUUGCCACAGUGUGUGUCCUGACCUUGUGCUCCUGGCCCUGCAGAGGAAGGACUAUUUUCUGUGUCAGCUCUGCUUGCAGUUUUUCCCUGACAUCCCAGAAGCUGUCACCUGUGCCUGUCUUAAGGCUUUUAUCAGCAUGCCAGACGUUGAUGCUGAGAAGGUGAGCCUGGAGCCCGACAGUGUGUCCUUUAUGGAGACCCUGAUGGCAGGGGAGCAUGGCCCAGUCAGCAUGCAGAACGGCUUUAGCCCCACCCCCUGUGACAAGGAAUGCUCAGAUGCCCUCGGUGGAGGAGGCACCAUCAUAAACGCCGGAGCAGAGGAACAGGAGAAGACGACAACUCCACCAGAACAGAUCUGUCCAGUGGGAUUACACAAGGCUGUCCUACUGAAUGAAGUCCUGCUGACACCAUACAGUGACACUUUCCUUCUCCCACACUUGAAAGAUCUCUCCUCCCAACAAGUUGUUCUAUUCCUCCAGUACCUGCAGUAUCUCUACCUGAAAUAUUCCCAGAGUGCUUUUCCACAGAUGCAUGGAUUGAGAUCACCUGGUCUGUCUCAGAUCAUGGAUUGGGUAUGCUUGCUGUUAGAUGCACAUUUCACAGUGCUGGUGAUGACUCCAGAGGCCAAAGGCUUACUGCUGAACCUCCACCGUUUUGUUAAGUCUCAGGUGAAACUGGUGUCUGAGCUCGGAAAGAUCGAGGGCAGCCUACAAGAACUGAAUAAGAUCAAGGGGACGAAGACAGACAUUGGACAAUACUCUAUUGAAGUCAUUGAGUUGUUUUAAAAUAUCCACAAUGUGUGUUCUUUUAAUAAAUCACGAGUGCAUGUCUGUUUCUAACA